GUAUAACACUCCACCACCACCAGGACCACCAGACACGAAAUUUAACGGGAUAAGAGCGGCAAAGCCACCCAAAUUGUUUGAAAACAAAAUGGUCACUGCAGCACCAUCGACUCCAUUUUCGCUCUCUCCCGUAUCAUUCACGCGCCGUCGUAGAUUCAGGCAUUUCACAGUACCUCGAACAAGCGCCAGUCUUUCUCCGGACGUCUCUCCUCUUCUCCGAGCAGCUCACCACACCGUGGAUAGUUAUGUAAAGAGUGGGAUGGUCAUUGGUUUAGGAUCUGGAGAAGGCUCAGAUAUGGCUAUACGUUAUUUGGGUCAGCAACUUCGUUCGGGCUCUCUAGAAGAUGUUGUUGGUGUACCAAUGUCUGCUCGAAGCGCAAGCGAAGCAGCAAAGUCUGGAAUCCCUUUGAAACAUUUCCGGGAUGAUUUUCAGAUUGAUCUUGCAUUUCAUGAUGCUGAUGCUGUAGAAGAGAGUACACUUAUCGCAGUUAUUGGCAGACGAAGAAGAACACAUGACGAGGAUGACUAUAUUCUGAGACAAAAGGCGAGUGUGUCUAUUGUAAAAGCAGCUGAUGAUGCAGUCUUCAUGAUAAAGGAAGAACAUUACAAGGCUGAACUCGAAGGUUCUGUCCCUGUUUUAGUUCAAUCCCUUAACUGGUUAGCUAUAGCUGAGGAGAUAGAUGACUUGUAUCUAGGGGAUGCAGAGGUGUGGAGAAGAGCUUCUGUAGGAGAUGCAGGACCUCUUGGAGGAGACUUUCCUAUAGUCACAAGUGAUGGUCACAACAUUCUUGAUGUUAUCUUCACUACUCCUAUCCCAAGCCUCGCUAGUGUGGCUAAAAGUCUGGAUACGAUUGAUGGAGUUGUGGACCAUGGACUUGUUACCAAAACCAGAUGCACGGUAGUGAUCGCAGGAGAAGCCGAAGUAAGAAGUGUUACCUUGCAGACUAGUGCAGUGGAAGGUGGUUUAUGAACUGAACCAUGGAGAAAGAUUUUGCAGAAGUUGUUUGGUUCCAGUGAGAGAUUGGACUAAAACAGCUAUCAGAAUUGGCAGUUAAAACCAUUGAGGAACCUGUUUUUCAAAUUAUACACUCAGUUGAGAGAGCUAUACUGUAACUUCUCAUAUCAGUAACUUUUAAAAAAGCAGGGAUGUGUUUGAAACAGAGAGUUACAUGGAUUCCAGAGACAAGCUUUUGCGGUUCACUCCCACAUGCUUGUAACUCGUUAGCAACCGAGCUUAACAAAGGAGAACAUGAAGGUGACCUGCAAUUUCCUGCAGUUUUCAACAUGGUAUCAAGAGCUCCUUCUGGUCCAUGGAGCCUCUUUGAAACAAGACUGAAAAAGAUUGAACGAGUCUGAACAAGAAAAGAACAAGACGGAACCAGACAGUUACAAGAAGAACAAGAAAGAAGAAAGAACCUCUCUAAUGCGUUUUAUGUCAUACUUUUCUUGUAUAUAUGUUAUGAACUUCAAGUUAGUUCGUUGUCUUUGUAACUCAAGGAAAAUUGUAAAAAUAUACAUUGAAUUCUUCAAAGGGAACUUUACAGAUUGAAACCUUAGAUACAUGUACUUUGAAUCUUUAUACACUAAAGUAAACAGAGAUGCUAAAAACUCAGCAACGUUACUGAACAGAAACUAGAUUGGAACCAGAG